AUUGUGAAGAAAAGCAUUCUUAUUUAUCUGGCUCUCCGUCGGUACAUGCAAUGGGGUUUUUGAGCUAUGUGUUAACCUACAUUGUCGGAGGAGUGACGUUCAUUCCGCUCAUCAUCGUGUUAAUAUGGUACAAAUCUCCCCAGGUGCCGAACUCUGUUUCGGAACGAGAUCGUAAAGAUGCAAUCAAGGCGGAAAGGGAAAGCCUAGAAAAAGGAGAGCCCAAAGGUUACAGGGAUUUGAAAGCUGGGGAAUUUUUUGACAAGGAAAAGCUUGGAAUCAAGGCUUAUCACUCGGGGUGGAUCACAGUCACAAAGGAGUUUUACAGAUUUCCACAGAUAAAUCCCGAAGAGUUCAAACAGACCAAUACAUUUAAUUCGGAUGGAGACUUGAGUAAUGGUUCCGCUGGGAAUGCGUUGGGAAAUAACGCUUCGGGUGGAAUCUUUUCUAAGAUGAUGAAGGGAGGAGGAGGAGGAGGCAACGGGAGCCACUCGCAUUCGAAUAGCAUGGAUGAAGAGUUCAAGGAAGGAGAACAGGAUACAGCGACAUUGGGUGCAGCCAAAUUAAAACAAAUAAGAAAGAGAAACAGAUUUUAUGGUGUCAUCAAACAUGGAAACUUGUUUUUAUACAGUGACGAGACGCAGAAAAAUGUGAAACAUGCUAUUGUUUUGGAUCAUUACACAGUUGCAAUCUGGCCAAGAAAUUUGAGAGACGGGCAGCUCUUUACCAAAAGAAGUGCAAUAUGUCUGAUAAACACUGAUGAGCUGGCACAUAGCAAGGAAAAGGCCCAGGAGUUAUUGAAACUGCUGAAAAGUAAAUCUGACAAUAUUCCUCCGCCUAAAAACUGCUACUUUUUGUACGCUGAUGUUUCAAUUGAAAAAGAGGACUGGUACUUUGCUUUUUUGAGAGCAACAUGCACAAACAAUACUCUUUCGAAGCUCAAUCCAAAUUUUGAUCCUACGAUAAUGGCGAAACCUGCGUAUUAUAAUACUGCAGAUAUGCUUGAUCUUAUUGAAACGUUGAAUGCUACAGAACAGCAAUUGACUACGAAAUGGAUCAAUGCUCUCAUUGGACGUUUAUUUCUUUCUACCUACAAGACAGAUGAGUUUAAAGCUGCCUUCUGGCUUAAAAUUGAAGACAGACUAAAAAAAAUCAGAACACCCGGAUUUUUAGAUCAGUUACAAAUCAAUCGGAUAGAUGUAGGACACUCUGGUCCCUUUUUCACUGAUCCAAAACUAAAAACGCUGUCUCCAGAAGGUGAUUUGGAAGUGCUAGUUAACGUCUCAUAUCAGGGAAGAGCAAUGGUUGAGAUUGCUACCAAACUCUUCGUCAAUUUAGGUGUGGGUUUCAAACAACGUCAGUUUGACAUUGUUAUGAAGCUUAUUGUUAACAAAAUAGAGGGAGAACUACUUCUUAAAAUCAAGCCACAACCAUCGAGCCGUAUUUGGUAUACAUUUUCAAAAAUGCCUGAGAUCGAUAUCACAAUUGAACCUGUGUUCAGUUCAAGAGCGGUGAGCUAUGGUAUUAUAACCAGUAUAAUCGAAAGCAGGUUCAGAGAUGCUAUCAAAUCAAGUUUGGUUUAUCCAUUUUUUGAUGAUUUUGUUUUCUUCAGAAACCCAGAAGAAAUUUUUAGAGGUGGUAUAUUUGAUCGCUCAUGUCGUAAAAGUACGACCAAUGAUGAGGAUAUUAAAAUGGCUGGCGAUGUAGUCAAAGAUAGUAUAUCAACAUUGCCACCAAUUGCGCAGCCGAUUAGUACUGAUCCAUUGAGUAACUCGGGUGAGGCUGGAAUCAAAAUGGAACCAAUAAAAUCAUCAAAUGCCUCAGUAAUAUCAAGAGCUUCGUCAACCACAUCGACGGGUGCUAGCAAGUUUUCGGAGAAAGAUCAUGUUAUAUCCAAACUAAGUACAAUAUCAAGUGAAGCGGAGCAUUAUAAUGAACCAACUAGCAACUCUGAGCUGAUAGAGGAUGAUGUCUCUCAUACUUCAGAAUUGAAAGAUUCUGUGCUCAAAUCUUAUAGUAGGAUAAAGCACUGGUAUAAAAAGUCACCUGCGGUCCCGGAUACAUCUGGUCCUGCUGCGAUUGGUAGUUCUGCAACUUUACCAAGGAGAAAAACUGGCUCCAUAGGCGGCAAAGAUCCGAACUAUAUUCCUCCUGAAAUGAUAUCUAAUCGUAGGAUAAAACCUUCAAAGCCCGAAAAUCUACAACUUGAUUUACCGUCUCAAUCUGACACUAUUUCAUCUGGUUCAUCUUUUCAGCUACUUAAUUCGAACAUCAAUACUAGACCAUCAGGUGAUGCUUUCAUUAAUUUAGAUAGAAAGCGGGGUACCUCGCAAUCAUCUCAAUUUGGAGCUUCAUCAUUCACCGAAGAUAACCCAAUGAUGUUGCCACUCAACAACAAUAAUCCUCCUUCUUCUCCAGAAAUGUUCAUUAACGAAAAGUUCAAGAGUCCAACCACAGCAACAUCAAACUCUAAUAACUCUAGUGUAAUGAACUAUGCCGGUAACAAGAAUCGUGUAAUUUCUUCUCCCUCUAUACUCAGAUUCUCCAAUGAUAAUGAUGAUUCUUUAUCCUCCCCAACAGCUGCUUCAGUUGCCGCACUAUCUGCUGGAUUGCAGGAAUCACCGAUUUUGCAAUUUGAUGGUACUAAUGACUUUCAGAAACAAGAUACUGAGCGCCAGCAAACUCCCAAUAGUGGAGAAUUUGGAGCUCCCUUGAGUAGGCCAAGAACAAGGUUAGCUCGAAAACCUGUACCUCCGUUACCACCUUUACCGCCUAAAGACAACGAGUUUUCUUUGCCUAAAAAUUCUUCAACACCUAUAUAACGAGUAUAUGUUUUAGAGACUUGCAAUAAUUUUACACUUAAUAUACAAUACAAAUUCAA